CUCUUUUGGAUUUUUUUUUUUAUUUUUUGAAUUUCGUUUUCUUGCUUCGGGAUGGAUUUGGAGAGAGGUUUAGCUUCGAGUUCGUCGGCGUCGACACCUGGAGAGGCGGCGGAGGGUGCGGAGGAGGUGACGGCUGAUCGGAUGGAGAUGGAGGCGGCGGAGAUAUUGGCCGCCUUGGCGCAUUCGAAGAAGCGGGAUGCUGUUGCCGUCGCCGUGGAAUUUUCCGCCAAAUGGGGAUGCAAAGGGAAGCGAGUGAGCAGGCGAGUCAGUAGUAGUGAGUCACCGCCUUCUGAAAUCGGUUUGAACCCGGUUGACCCGGUUCAAUCAAGUUCGGAUCUCGCUGAGCAGGAUCGAGCUGCAGUAGACCAGCAGCAAAGUCAAGUGACAAGCACACCUGUAAUUAUUGAUUCAAUAGAAGCUGAGCAGGACUCUGAGUUGCUUAACGGGACUCAUCCUUGUGCUGCAAGAUACACAUCCAAGUGUGUGGUGAAGUCGAGACAGAAUGCUGAAAAGGAGACACUUAGGUUACAUAGAAUGUUCACAAAUAAGGAGUCAGAUUGGCAGAUGAUUCGUGAAAGGCAGAUAUUAUUCAGCAUAAUGGGAAUGCCUGAGAAAGAUGUUUGGGAGGAUGGGCAGCAUGAUCAAAUGACAGGCAACGAUUUACUUAUAAAAUCAGUCAAGGCUGAGCGGAAUGCUGAAUCGGUUAAAUCAAGUCCUACAUGUGCCACAAAAUACACGUCAGGUGGUGGGGGCAGGUCAAGACAGAAUUUAACUGAGGCUGAAAAGGAAGCACGAAGAUUACGUAGAAUAUUAGCAAACAGGGAGUCGGCAAGGCAGACGAUUCGCCGAAGGCAGGCUCUCUGUGAAAAGUUGACCCUAAAAGUCGCUGAUCUAACUCGGGAGAAUGAAAAUUUGAAGAGGCUUAUUCACUUUGAUUGCAUUCCUACUGAGAAGGCAAAGGAGUUGGCCCUGAAAGAGUACAAGUCUCAAGAGAGCACAAAUAAGCACCUGAAGGCACAGAUGGUGAAGGCAAUAAAAGCUGAGGAAGGGCAAGCUCCUAGAGAGCUUAAGUUAGCCCAUCAGACUUCUGGUCCAUCUAGGAACUAUCCAUUUUACUUUUAUAACCAACAUCCUUUUUCCCCUUUCUGUUGGCCUUCCAUUGUUCAGUCUUCAAAUCCAGUUCAAACACAAUGCGGGCACCAAAUUCCCAUUGUUGUUCCAUCAAGCGUUUCCGCACCAACUAAUGGUAGGCUUGAUUCUUCUCAUGAUCAAGAAAAUCCCAUUAACAAUAAUGGCCCCAAGUCUCCCUUAUAUGUAGUGCCUUACCCUUGGUUCUUUUCUCUUCCUGAUCAUGGGAAUGAACUGCAUCCUCAGCCUUCUUUUGGCCCAAAAAAUAACAAAGACGAAACUUCUGCGAAUAAUCGAUUGUGUUCUUUGAAAUCUGUUGUGCAUGAGGAGAAAUAUAAUUUCUCUUUACCAACAGAAGUUGAAAAAGAGGCUUAUGGCUCAAUUGAAGCCAGUUCUAAUAACCAGAAUUGUACUUCAGUAAGGCUUCCUUCAGAUGGAAGUGGUCAGUGUAUAAGAUACCAGAUUAAAGAAGAGGUCAUUCUGCCUACACCUCUAUGUUCUGCAGGGGCUACAUUUGUUGUUGAACAGGACAAAAUGCCAGAUGUCAAUACUGAGGCAGCUCGAGUAAGAGCCUGUCACUUUGUAGGUGCUUUGCAAGAGGAGAAUCAAGAAUCAACAAAUUAUACGAGUAAGAAAGUACUGGAUGCAGCUGCUGCAGCUGAGGCAAGAAAGAGGAGGAAAGAACUUACAAAGCUAAAGAACCUCCAUGGCCGACAAUGUCGGACUCACCGUUGAGCUUUAAGCAAAAAUUUGGACAGUUGUUGUGAUUUAAGGGAGUCCUUGAAGCUUGAACACAGCGAAGAUAUAUGUAUACAAAUUUAAAAGCACGGAAGGCCUGCAAAGGGAGAAAGCCAAAAUUAUGAUUGCAUGCACGUCUCUGAGGUCCAUUUUCAAGGCUAGAGGCGCUUUUUAAGGCUUUUCCAUUUCCCAUUUUGGGGGUAGGAUACAAGGACACUGAUUCAUUGUCCUGUUUUUUGUUUUUUUUUAGCUUAACAGACUGAAUGAUCUCCCAUUAUUUUUUUAUUUUGUUUUUGCUUAAGCGGCAGGAAAUUUUAGAUGGGAGAUGGAACCUUUUUUUUCCCUAUUUCAUAGGCUUAACUUGGAAGAGGGCUGUGAAAUAGUUUGCAUUUGUUGCAAAUGUAGCUGAUGACUUGUAACUAUAUGCUGCAAGUUUUUCACCCUCUUGCGGACAAAAGGACAUGUACGACUUUGAGAUGUU